GACUAUCCCGUCUGUUGUUCGGAUGGAGGAUGUUGUCCCGAAGACUAUCCCGUCUGUUGUUCGAAUGGAGGAUGUUGUUCCAAAGACUAUCCCAUCUGUUGUCCAGAUAAGUCAUGCUGCC